AAUGAAUAUCCCGGUCUCAACCGGUUUGAGCCGGUCCGUGGAUGGAAGCAUGAGCUUAGAGGACGAGCACACUAGCACGCAUUAAAUCUUUGCCUUUUAAAGUGUGUGCGAAGCCAAGCUAAAAUAAAAUAACUGACUGUUUCACUUGCUUACUAUGACCCGGAAUAGUGACAGUUUAGCUUAUAGCUAAAAGCUUAGCAAGUGGCGCUGAAUAUCAUUGACUUUUCCAUUAGCGGGCUACAUAGCAGUUAGCAUGGUGGUGGUCGGCUGCCAUUCCCGCUGAUCAAAGAAACAUACAUUUCUGACGUGGAUAUACGUUUAAUACCACGGCAACAAUCGACCGAUAGCCAACGUGGGAUAUUUAACAAAUCACUGCUAAUUGUCGCGUUAGCAUUAGCUCCUUGCUAACUGUGGCGGUUUAUGCGUGUGGCAUGAGCUAAACGUACACUUGCCAGUGCAGUUUUUUUUUUACUUUUCAGUCUCAGUGUUCAUCAAUUUAAACUCUUACUUUCGACGAGAGGGCGGAAGACAAACAAGACUCUCUAUGCCAGCAGAAAUGACCAUGUUGGCCGACCACCCAGCCAGACAGCUGCUGGACUUCAACCAAAAGCUGGACAUCAACCUGCUGGACAAUGUGGUCAACUCCAUGUACCAUGACAUCGGGUCUCAGCAGCAACGAGUGGCCCAGGAAGUGCUCACCAACCUGAGGGACCACCCGGAUGCGUGGACCAGAGUGGACACCAUCCUGGAGUUUUCCCAGAACAUGAAAACUAAGUAUUAUGCGCUGCAGAUUCUGGAGACUGUUAUUAAAGCCCGCUGGAAGAUUCUCCCCAGAAACCAGUGUGAAGGCAUCAAGAAGUAUGUUGUCGGACUCAUCAUCAAGACUUCCUCAGACCCAGCAAACAUGGAGAAGGAGGGCGUGUACAUUUCAAAGCUCAACAUGAUCCUGGUCCAGAUCCUGAAGCAGGAGUGGCCCAAACACUGGCCCACCUUCAUCAGCGACAUCGUGGGCGCCAGCCGCACCAGCGAGAGCUUGUGUCAGAACAACAUGAUCAUCCUCAAGCUGCUCAGCGAGGAGGUCUUUGACUUCUCCAGUGGACAGAUGACUCAGGUGAAGGCCAAGCAUCUCAAGGACAGCAUGUGCAACGAGUUUUCCCAAAUCUUCCAGCUGUGCCAAUUUGUGAUGGAAAACUCUCAGAACGCGCCGCUGGUGCACGCCACUCUGGAGACUCUCCUGCGCUUCCUUAACUGGAUCCCUCUGGGCUACAUCUUUGAGACCAAACUCAUCAGCACGCUGGUCUACAAGUUCUUGAACGUGCCAAUGUUUCGCAACGUGACACUGAAAUGUUUGACGGAAAUUGCCGGCGUGAGCGUGAACCAGUACGAGGAGCAGUUUGCCAACUUGUUCACGCUGACCAUGUGCCAGCUCAAACAGAUGUUGCCCUUGAACACAAACAUCAGAGUGGCCUACGCCAACGGGAAGGACGACGAGCAGAACUUCAUCCAGAACCUCAGUUUGUUCCUCUGCACCUUCCUCAAAGAACACGGCCAGCUGGUGGAGAAGAGGCCCAACCUGCGAGAGACGCUCAUGGAGGCCCUCCACUACAUGCUGCUGGUGUCCGAGGUGGAGGAGACUGAGAUCUUCAAGAUCUGUCUGGAGUACUGGAACCACCUGUCGUCGGAACUUUACAGGGAGAGCCCCUUCUCCACCUCCAGCACGCCGCUGCUGUCUGACGUCCCUCCUCGCCGACACCUCUACCUGACCGUCCUCUCUCAGGUGCGUCUACUUAUGGUGAGCCGCAUGGCCAAGCCCGAGGAGGUUCUGGUGGUGGAGAACGACCAGGGGGAGGUGGUCAGGGAGUUCAUGAAGGACACGGAUGCCACCAACCUCUACAAGAACAUGAGGGAGACCCUCGUGUAUCUGACCCAUCUGGACUACGUGGACACCGAGCGCAUCAUGACCGAGAAGCUCCACAACCAGGUGAACGGCACAGAGUGGUCGUGGAGGAACCUCAACAUGCUCUGCUGGGCCAUCGGCUCCAUCAGCGGGGCCAUGCAUGAAGAAGAUGAGAAGAGGUUUCUGGUCACCGUGAUCAAGGACCUUCUGGGCUUAUGUGAGCAGAAGAGAGGGAAGGACAACAAAGCCAUCAUCGCGUCCAACAUCAUGUACAUUGUGGGCCAGUACCCUCGCUUCCUGAGAGCUCACUGGAAGUUCCUCAAGACGGUUGUCAACAAGCUCUUUGAGUUCAUGCACGAGACGCACGACGGCGUUCAGGACAUGGCCUGCGACACCUUCAUCAAGAUCGCACAAAAAUGCCGCCGCCAUUUUGUCCAGGUUCAGGUAGGCGAGGUGAUGCCCUUCAUAGACGAGAUCCUCAACAACAUCAACACCAUCAUCUGCGACCUGCAGCCUCAGCAGGUGCACACCUUCUAUGAGGCCGUCGGCUACAUGAUUGGCGCCCAGACCGAUCAGGCGGUCCAGGAGCUUCUAAUAGAGAAGUACAUGAUGCUGCCCAAUCAGGUGUGGGACAGCAUCAUCCAGCAGGCCACAAAGAACGUGGACAUCCUGAAGGAUGCGGAGACGGUGCGUCAGCUUGGGAGCAUCCUCAAAACAAACGUCAAAGCCUGUAAAGCCGUCGGACAUCCCUUUGUGGUCCAGCUGGGUCGCAUCUACCUUGACAUGCUCAAUGUCUACAAGUGUCUGAGUGAGAACAUCUCCUCGGCCGUCCAGACCAACGGCGAGAUGGUCACCAAGCAGCCUCUGAUCAGGAGCAUGAGGACGGUGAAGAGGGAGACCCUCAAGCUCAUCUCAGGAUGGGUCAGUCGCUCCAACGACCCUCAGAUGGUGGCAGAGAACUUUGUGCCGCCGCUUCUGGAGGCGGUGCUUAUCGAUUACCAGAGGAACGUGGCGGCCGCCAGGGAGCCAGAGGUCCUCAGCACCAUGGCAACGAUCGUCAACAAGCUGGGAGUCCACAUUACAGGAGAAAUCCCUAAAAUCUUUGACGCUGUCUUUGAGUGCACAUUGAACAUGAUCAACAAGGACUUUGAGGAAUUCCCUGAGCACAGGACACAUUUCUUCUACCUGCUUCAAGCGGCGACUUCCCAAUGCUUUCCCGCCUUCCUGGCCAUCGCCCCCGCCCAGUUCAAGCUCAUCCUGGACUCCAUCAUCUGGGCCUUCAAGCACACCAUGAGGAACGUUGCAGACACAGGUCUUCAGAUCCUCUUCACGCUGCUCCAGAACGUGUCUUCAGAGGAGGCGGCAGCGCAGAGCUUCUACCAGACGUACUUCUGUGACAUCCUGCAGCACAUCUUCUCCGUGGUCACGGACACGUCUCACACCGCAGGUCUGACCAUGCACGCCACCAUAUUGGCUUACAUGUUCAACCUGGUGGAGGAGGGCAAGGUCAGCGUGGCCUUGAGCGCCGCCAGCCCCGCCAACAAUCAGGUGCACGUGCAGGAAUACAUCGCCAACCUGCUGAAGACCGCCUUCCCACACCUCCAGGAUGCCCAGGUAAAGGUGUUUGUUACGGGGCUGUUCAGCCUGAACCAGGACAUCCCUGCCUUCAAGGAGCACCUGAGGGACUUCCUGGUCCAGAUCAAGGAGUUUGCUGGUGAGGACACGACAGACCUGUUCCUGGAGGAGAGGGAGGCCUCUCUGCGUCAGGCCCAGGAGGAGAAACACAAGCUCCAGAUGUCUGUGCCCGGCAUCCUCAACCCCCACGAGCUGCCCGAGGAGAUGUGCGACUGAAGCAGCACAAGGGUCACACAAGACCAGGACCCUUCCUGAUGAUGAACUCUUUUCUUUUUGUGUGUGUGUGUGUGUGUGCACGCACACAAAAAGAGAACAGGGGGUCCAACGGAGACCCUCGGCACUCGGUUGGACGUCGACCAAAUCAAUGUCAAUAUGUAAAUGAAGCAGUUUGCCGCUGAGCCUCCCAACAAUUGUGCAGAUUUUUGUUCCAUAUGAACUUAUUUUAUACCUUCUCAUUUGUGUGUGUGUGUUUUGCUAAUUAAAGCUUUAUUUUCACCACA